CUAUAUCGUACAUCCACACCGUCGGUCGCAUUGAGCGGUUUACGACACGGGAGUCCCGAUGAAUAAUUGAGGGAGGAACGCGCCUGCGCGCAGCUGGCGUGCCCAUACAACUCAAUCGUCCGCGAAAUAUACGACUCUAAUUGUUAUUUAAAGCCCGAUAAUGUGUGUGCGCGAGUGAAUUGUUUACUGUGGUAAGAUGCAAGCCGGUGGGCCGGAUAGCACGGCGGUUUCGGAGGCCCCAAGCAGUGGGAGCGAGGAGUCCGAUUGUGAGUUUGGUCCAGAGGGCGAAGCUGAGACCGCUCUGACUGAAGAAUGGGCGCGAGAACUGCUGAUUGACUCGGGUGUGGUCGAUCCUAAUGAGAUCCGAGUAGAAUCCAGGGCCGGCGUUGCUGGUGCCCUAAGCAGGGUACUAGCGGUGACAGUUCGCUACGAAAGCGAGGGAGAAAGGCAUGCCUUACCCCUUGUUGUGAAACUACCACCACGGGAUCCCUUUGGGAGGCUCUUUGUAGCUGAAGCACAAUUUGAUACUAGAGAAAUAUUGUUCUAUACGGAAUUAGCCCCAGCGCUCAACAAAUUGGCUCAAGAGGCUUUAGGUCCUGAUGAAGGGCUCGCAGUACCGAGAUGUGUUAAAGCUAGAUUACCAGAUGAAAUUGGAGGAGACAGUGAGCUCGUACUGGAAGACGUGACAGCCGUGGGUUUCGAAUCAGCGGAUUUUGCUGAGGGCCUAACUGUUGAAAGGGCUAGGGCAGCUCUGUUUGCAGCAGCUCGACUGCACGCCCUAUCCCUUGCUCUACGUGACAGAGAAGGACCUCUAGACCAAAGAUUCGACUUCUUGUUCCCCUGCGAACGCGCUGCAGCCGGAUAUCUGCGUUUAGUGCGAAGAGGUUUACCCCAACUGGAAGUAUUCCUCCGUGGGCGAACAGAUUGUGUUAGCGAAGCCGCAGCUGUGAGCGCACUUAGCGCUCGGGCUCCAUCUUUACUUGGCACUUUAUUGCGACCAGCUGAACCAGCUCCCCUCGCCCACGCCGAUUUUUGGAGUGGGAAUCUUCUAUUUCGAGAACGAGAUGGGAUAAGCGAAUGUAUCGCAUUGGACUGGCAAAUGGUAUCACUCGGUAGACCCAUGGAUGAUGUAGCGCUACUAUUAUUAUCUUCGUUAACGCCAGAACUAAGAAGGGCGGUGGGCGACACGUUGAUUGAGGACUAUGGAGAUCGUUUAGAGGCUGAAUGUGCUAGAUUAGGAUCGGCACCUGCUGGCGCGAUUGUAAGACGGAGCUUGAAACAAGAUUGGCCUCGAGCAGCAUUGAGGGCACUCCUUCUGUGCGCGGGGAGUGUAGACGUAGCCCUCGGAGAGCCGCGAGCUGAACAACGUCUACUAGAAGCUGUACGAGAUCUGUACGCACAAGGAGUUCUCGAUCUAAAAGCAGACUCAGAGUUGUGAGUGUUUAUAAGUGCCAAUAGCGUAUAUCGUACCUAUUCGACGAACGUGUCGUUAUGUAUAUUCAGUCGCAUAGUUUGUAUUAUUAUAUUUAUUUCGGUAUAUUAUUACGUAUUUAUUAGAGUACGAAUGUUAAAGCACAUUCGAGGUGGACAACGAUAAUUUUAAUGAAACCCUUAUUGUCGCGAUGGCAAUGGUGCGAUGCCUAAUCAAAGACUGAAUUUAACUUAUCAAAAGACCGUUGUGCGUUUAAUUUACUUUAAGUAGAUCAAAACAGUAAUUGCUCAUAAAAUGGAAAGUGUAAUCGAAUACAGUCUUUCGAUUAUAAUUUAAAAUUAAGUAUUAAACGUAAUCUUGGUGGAGUA